AGAUUGACAAUGGUCGCGGGAUGCGGGAAUAAAUGUGUCAAAUAUAUAUUCUGGAUUAUAAACUUUCUAUUUUUUGUAUUAGGAGCAGCUAUUGUUGGACUCGCAUUAUGGUUACGAUUUGAUAAUUCAAUCUUAUCAAGAGUAAUCAGCACAAUCAAACUUGAUACUAACAGUUUGCCGUUAGAAAGUUACUACUGGUUACUGUAUGUUGUCAUUGGUUUCGGUGCAGUGUUAUUGAUUCUGGGUUUUCUUGGAUGUUGCGGUAGCGCCUGCGAAGUGAUUGUUUCUCUUGGAUUGUAUUUCUUCUUCGUAUUAGUCUUGUUUAUCGCCGAAAUUGUUGGAAUUGUUCUCUACUUUGUCAAUAAAAACUCGAUACGUGACAACUUGGUCACUUUUUGGCGUAAUGAGUUGGUGAACAAAUAUCAAACGUCACAAACGAUCCGAGAUGCAUUAGACAGCAUCCAAAAUCAGUUACACUGCUGUGGUGCUAGCGGAUGCUCUGAUUACGUACAAUUCGGUGCAUAUCCCAAUUCCUGUCAAUGUUACAGCAAUUCAGCACAGAUUGGCUGUGCGACUUAUAUAUGGCAAAUGCUCGAAAGUAAUCUCAUUUAUGUGAUUGUUGUUGCUGCCAUAAUCCUACUCGUUGAGCUCUUCGCAAUGAUUUUCUCGUGUCUAUUGAUGAGCGCCGUCAAGGAUAAGAGGAACAGUUAGACACGCAUGUCGAAAGAUUAUGGUAGCACACCACCUCUGUCUAGAAUUGCUCGACGGUACAUUUACAUCAACGACUGCUCCUUUCUGCGAAUCUUCCUCGCUACUCUUUGUUAAUUUUUUUCUUCCAUGAGAUAAUUUUGCCUACGAGUCUACUUAAAACCAAAACUCAAUCAUUUAACCUUUCAUUUAACUGGACCGGCGGCUGAAAGGCGGGGCUUUGUGACCUAAUCCAGGCCGCUCGCCCUUCGACGCAGUCUGCGUCUCUUUCGCGCGCGUGUUCUCUGGUCAUUCUCUAACCUUAACUAGGUCAUGAAACCCUGCCUUCCAGCCACCAAUCCAGUUGACUCAGAGGGUACUUACACUCACAUACGCGUUUUGAUCCACUACUUUUGUGUCAUUUAUAUUCUCUUAACUUAAUAUGUCAAAUUAUCCCCUUAAUUUAUGGGUUUUGUGCAUGUAUGUAGAUCUUGGAAAGAAAAAAACCGAGAUUUACGACCAGACCCGGUGAACCGUUUGUUUUGCUUUCCCGUAAUCAUAUCAAUUUACCAUAAUCAGAUCCAAUAAAGUUUGAUGC